AUGGAUCCCGAACGGACACAACGAUUACACAAUCCUUUUUCUGAUACAAUAACUGAGGACGACGAAUCGCGAUCAAUUCCCUCUGAUUCUUCCAUAUCAAGCUUCGAGCAGGUUCGAAGUUUUUCUCCUGAACCAUUCGACCCUGUGGAUGAACCUGCCACCUCUCAGCCUAGAUGGUUCCCCAGAUUUCAUAUCCUACCGGUUUCCCUGAGUGAACCCCGUGAUGUGCUUCAAAGCGAAAGAACUCUUUUGUCGUUCGUGCGCUUUGCUACGUCGCUCAACUUCACUGCCAUAGGGAUGAUUUUGAAUUUCCGCCUCGACACCUCUAGCGGGGACGGAGAUAGUGGCUCGGGCCAUUUUGACGAUACUACCUUUAACAGUGUCGUUUCGUUUAUAUUAGUGGUUCUUGCCUUUGGGACUCUUAUAGUCAGUGGUUGGAACUACUUUCGCACAGUCAGAAAGUACUCGCAGAAGCGUAUACAUACUAGAUCAACAAACAAUAUGCUGAUGGUGGUUUGUGUGAGUGCAGCGGUUAUGACUCUUAUUGGGAUCAAUAUUUCUUUGGUUGUGGAGAGACUCACUCAAAGGAAAUAA